GUCAGAGACAACAGACAUGGCGUCGCGGGUGCUGGUGCAGUGUGUCCGCUCUGUAAGGUUAUUACAGCACAGUGGUGUCAUUAAAUCCAUCAGCCACAGAUCACUGAGUCUGGUUGCGUUUAAACAGCCGGGGAAAUGGACAGAGCAGAGACGGGUCUCUGUUCCUGUGCUGCAGCUGUGCCGACAGUAUUGUGAUUCGCAGCCACUGACCCUGCAGAGCAUCGAAGAACGGGUCAUGAAUGUCCUUAAGCUGUACGACAAGAUCAAGCCAGAAACGCUUCAGUCAUCUUCCCACUUUAUGAAGGAUUUGGGGCUGGACAGUUUGGAUCAGGUGGAAAUCAUCAUGGCAAUGGAAGAUGAGUUUGGAUUUGAGAUACCAGAUGCGGAAGCAGAAAAGCUCAUGACUCCCGCAGAAGUAGUACAGUACAUCGCAAGCAAAAAGGACGUGAACCAAUAACCAGGUCUCCCUUUCCAUACAUCAAGACUUUGAACCUGCCCCAUUUCUCUCCUGGACAAAUUCUGUCUCUGUCAGUACUUUUGUGUAAUACUUAAUCCAAAAGAAUAUUAUUUACAUUUCAACAAUAAACAGAAAUUAAAAGUA